AUGAGGCCGUUUUCACGCAGGUUGGCCUCUCGUGGGCUUGGACUGUCUUCAGGAUGUGCAUAUCGCCAAGGCAUUGUAGCCUCUCAGGGCUUCAGGGCCCUGUCGAUGACGGCGUCAAGGCGCAAUGAGGAUGCCUCCAGAAAGUGGUCCACGCCCCUCGCAAAGCAGCUGGCCCAAGCUAUAGAAAUGACGGGUCCUGUCCCUCUCGCGAGCUACAUGCGCAUGUGCCUCACUGGCGACCUGGGAGGAUACUACACCGGGGCCAUUGAGCAGGGCAGGGACCAAUUUGGUCAGAAGGGAGAUUUUGUCACGUCGCCAGAGAUCUCCCAGAUAUUCGGGGAGCUCAUUGGCAUAUGGUUUGUGGCCGAGUGGAUGUCUCAGGGCCGCCCAAAGUCGGGCAUUGAGCUCAUCGAGGUUGGCCCUGGGAGAGGCACUCUGAUGGAUGACAUAUUACGGACCAUAUCGAAUUUCAAAGAAAUGGCUAGUGCUAUCGAUGUCGUCUACAUGGUCGAGGCCAGUUCCGAGCUGAGGGUCACUCAGAAGAACCUCCUGUGUGGACAAGACCGACACAUGACGGAGUCCAAGAGUGGCUACCACAGUACAUGCAGAUAUGCCGAUCUUCCAAUUGUCUGGACCGAGACUGUCAGGUCAAUCCCUCAAGGCUCAGACAAGGUCCCCUUCAUCGUAGCGCACGAGUUCUUCGAUGCCCUACCCAUACACGCCUUCCAACUCGUCACCGUCCCUCCUUCUCAGACGCCUACACCAUCUCCCUCCCAAUCAUCGCGGCAGGCACCAGACACCACAAAACCGACCGUCCAAUGGCGCGAAAUGGUCGUCUCGCCCACGCCCCCCGGCUCGACACACCAGAGCCUCGGGACGCCCAAGUCCCAGUCCACAGAUACACCCGUGCCGGACUUCCAGCUCACCCUCUCACCGUCCUCUACCCGUCACUCUCUCUACCUGCCCGAGUCAUCCCCGCGCUACCGCGCCAUGAAAUCCAUCCCGGGGGCACUCAUCGAGAUCUGCCCGGACGCAUCGCUGUACGCGACAGACUUCGCGACGCGCAUCGGGGGGUCCCCGCAACACCCCAAGCACAAGCCGUCGGGGGCGGCGCUGGUCCUCGACUACGGCCCCGGCGACGGCACGGUGCCCGUCAACUCACUGCGGGGCAUCAGCAGGCACCGGCGGGUGAGCCCUUUCGCCGAGCCCGGGCAGACGGACCUGAGCGCCGAUGUGGACUUUGCCGCCGUCGCCGAGGCCGCGCUCAGGGCGAGCGACGGCGUCGAGGUCCAUGGGCCUGUCGAGCAGGCGGCGUUCCUCGAGGGAAUGGGCAUCAGGGAGCGCGCCGAGGUGCUGAUCAAGGGCCUGAGGCAGAAGGGCCAGGACGAGGCAAAGCCCGACCAUGUCGAAAAGGCGUGGAAGAGGCUUGUGGACCGGGGCCCGGACGGGAUGGGGAAGACAUACAAGGCUCUCGCAAUACUGCCCGAGAAUGAUGGCAAGAGACGGCCGGUUGGUUUCGGGGGUGACGUCGGGGCUUGA